UCAGUUGACCCGUACCCCGUGAAGGUCAGCCCGUGAAACCCCGAAUCCGGUCUUUUGCGAUUCCGCCAUAAUUUCUUUAGUAGCGAGCACGACGUUUCGCGUCUUCAGGACUUAAAAAAUGCGUUACGUGGCCGCAUAUCUCCUGGCUGUCCUGGGUGGGAAUGCCAACCCCUCCGCAGGCGACAUCAAGAAGAUCCUGGGCAGCGUGGGCAUCGACGCUGACGAUGAGAGGCUCAACAAGGUCAUCAGUGAGCUCAAGGGCAAGGACAUCGAAGAAGUCAUGGCUGCAGGCCGUGGCAAGCUGUCGUCCAUGCCGUCAGGUGGCGGUGUAGCUGUCGCUGCAGGUGGUGGUGGUGCAGCUGCAGGUGGUGCUGCCCCUGCUGCUGAAGAAAAGAAGGAAGAGAAGAAGGAAGAGUCAGAAGAGGAGUCCGACGAGGACAUGGGCUUCGGACUGUUUGACUAAACAACCAACCUUCCCCCCUCCACACAUGCUGUAUAUACUGGACUGUAAAAUACCCUACAGUUUUACACUGUAUUUCACAGUUUUGUGACGUGGAGAAAUAAAAGGGAAAGAAAAAAA